AUGUCAAUCAGUCAGAACGCAGGCCAGUUUAACAAACAGAAACAACAAUUAGGUAAACAGGGCCCGGAACCGGUCAACUUUCCACCGCGAUAUCACCCACCUCCCUCUGCCGCGGCAGGUUCAAAACUAGCCACAGUCGACGCAGCCAUUAAGGAGUAUAAACCUCCUUAUAACAGCAAAUCUAUCGAUCCUAGCAAGAUACAGUAUCCUCCAGGAAUACACAGUGCUCUACCGGGUCCGUAUCAAGGAGCUCCAUAUCCACAUUUAAAAUAUCCGCAAGGUUAUCCAGUGGGAUAUCCAGUGCCUCCAGCAGCUCUAAGGGUUUUAAGGCCUGCUGGGGAAAUCGUAACUAAAGCUAUUGUGCAUGAACCUUUGGAAACGACGACGCGAGCGCGUAGCGCUGACGAUACGCAAAGAGUGCAACGUAAUUUAGAAGAGGAACAAAUUCACAGGAGGUCCGCUGACAUGCUAAAAUUCACGAAGCGUAUCGAACCUGACGGACCACGGGCGUCGACUGAUCAGAGGCGGCAAAUUCAAGCACUUUUAGACGAAAUAAAAGCACUGAAAGAGGCAAACCGUCGUCUAAGUGAAGACAAUCAAGAGCUGCGUGAUUUGUGCUGCUUCUUAGAUGACGAUCGACAAAAAGGCAGAAAAUUAGCACGCGAGUGGCAACGAUUCGGCAGAUAUACUGCUUCCGUAAUGCGACAGGAAGUUUCAGCUUACCAGAAUAAGCUUAGAGAAUUAGAUGAUAAACAGCAAGAACUAAUUCGUGACAAUUUAGAACUAAAAGAGCUUUGUUUAUAUUUAGACGAAGAAAGGGAAAGAAGUACUUGUGUAAAUUGUGGUCGUGCUGCAGGCAGGGAGAGAGAUGAUGGGGAUGGCAGUAGUAGUGGUACUAACGCGGAAGAAGGGCCGCGACCCACAAACCCUACUGUGCCUGUUACACAUCCUCAACUCGCGGAGAGAACGGUACAAUACGUUCGAGAUUUAGAGCAAAAAGUGCGACGUUUAGAGGCUGAAAAAGGAAUAGGUAGUGGACUCAGCGAAAGGCCAGAGGCUGUUGUGCGUGCUCUGCAGGUGUUGGAAGUCAGAGAGCGAGUAGAACGGGAAAGAAGAAGACCAGCGCCAGAUCUAGACUCUGGAGAACAAGCACUAGUACGCGAGAUGUGUAAUGUUGUGUGGGGUAAGUUAGAAGAUGCUCCCCCACAAGCACCCCCGCGUUAA